AUGGCACUGAACACUCAGAUCCGGGCUGCCUGCCUCCUACUUCUCCUCCUCGCCAGCCUGACCGGUGGCUCCGUUUUACCGCAGCAGACAGGACAGCUUGCAGACCCCCAGCCACAGGACACAGCUGGAGCCAAGGCUGGCUUGACGCCCAUGCUCCAGCGGCUAAGGAGGCGAGACGCCCACUUCCCCAUCUGCAUUUUCUGCUGUGGCUGCUGUCAGAAAUCAAAGUGUGGGUUAUGCUGCAAGACAUAG